UCCUCCUCUUUCUCUCUCAGAUCAUUGGCAGCUCCAGCUCGAUUAAAAUAAUCUGCCAUGACCUCACACGCUUGUCUUCUUCUUCAAAAACUGCCCAAAGAUAUAUAUUUGUAAGCAUCUUGUUGAUAUACUCGCUGUUCUACUUGAUGAGAAGAAUAUAUUCAAAUAGAGCGUAACUAUUAUCGGACCUCCUGAUGAUACUCUCUAGAAUCAACCAAACACUAGAUGACUAAUAUAAGCUUCAUCUCCAAGGAUAAUGAUAUGAACAAAAGCAGCUUCAAGCAAGAUGUGCUCGUAUUAAGGCAAUGCCAAGGUGGUUGUUGUAUCAAGAAGAUAAUGUUGUCCAAGAACAGCAAAAACCGCAAGCCACCAAAGGAUGAAAAGAAGUUUGAAAUUGGAUUGAUAUACCCAAGUCUCAGUUCCAGUGAAAUUGAAAUCGAACUCUUCAUGUCGUCGCCAAUUGCUGCUUCAAGAUCUGAUAGAGGAAAUCUACAACGAGUGAGAUGGAGACUCCGACUCUUUUCUUCCAUCACGGCGAACAUUGCAAGUGGAGAUCUACAGCGACCAAGCGAGAUGAAGAUACAUAUUGCUGUUCGUGUAUGGCUACUUUGGUAAAGAAGGAAGCUUGAUGAUUGAAGAAGAUUAAGAAGUUCGAGAGUUGCAUUGUGUUUUUAUUUUUUGUUUUUUUUCGACAUGGGCUCAUAGGCCUAUUGGGUAUAUAAGAAGAGAAGUUUCGGUAGUAGGAUUGUUUUGUAUAUGAUUAUGUUUUUAAUUACAAAUAUAUAUAAUUAACAUAGUUAUUUGUU